GAGUCUGCAGUACCUGGUGCUGCAGUCCUUCUUCGAACUGACCAGUUGGCUUUCAAGUCAACAGUCAAAUCGUCCAGGAAGAAGGGCAAGAGGGGGGCCGGAAAACGGAAGGGUAAGAAAGCGCGGAAGAGCAAGACGAUUACACCCCAAAAGAAGGUUCAUCGUGGGAGAAGGGUUUUGCGCAGUGCUGCUGCCGCUGCUUCCUCUUCUCGUGGAAACACUGAUGUGACUGAGGUUGGGGGGGAAAAGCCAGGGCGCAAACGUAAGUCUGUACCUUUGGCUGACACCGAUCCUGACACAUCAAACAACAAGAAGCAGACACGACGUAAGAAGGAACCGUCUGGUUCAGCAUCGGCUGCACCUGCUUCUUCGGGUGCUCAUGGGAAAAGGACUGCAGCCAAGUCUGCUGCAAGGAAACCCAAAGGUGCUGUUGAGGGGAAACAGGUGAAAGAAAGAAAACCAAAAGCAGCUGCGGCGAAGCCGAAACCCAAGGCAAAGUCCCGAGCAAGGGGACGUGGGAGUGAGGUCCCUGCGCACACCCCAGCUGAUCCAGCUGACACAGAGCUGGCCCAAAUGCUGGUUGACUUCGCUAUGAACUUCGAUGAAAGUGAUUCCCCGCAAAGUGAUUCCUACAAGAAAAAGAUCAAAGGGAUGCUUAGUGGGUUGGAAGAACAUUCCCUCAACCUCUAUUGGAGCAAAUGUGGAUGUGGACUGAAAAUUGUUGCAGAGGGCAGGGAUGGUCAUCAUUGCUCUUUCAAUAACCUUUGGUCCCCUGAGCCAUGGAAGAUGGCAAUCAGUGCAAAGAUUGCGUACAUGACUGAGCGCAAAAGCCCACACACUGAGAAGACGCUCAAGCGCUGUGGGCGCAUGGCCUUUGAGAUGUUGCGCCGAAGGGCUGGCGGGGAAGAGGAUUGA